AUGACAUUAUUGGUGAACACUAUAAGUCAGAGCCUUGGAAUAAAUCUGAAUGACGUCGAUUUUGGAUUCAACAAGAACAAAGACGAUGGAGAUAUUCCCUUCUGGAGAAGAAGCAAUCCUACGAACACUCAACCGGAGGUAAUUCGUCCUAGAAAUAUUCUGUCCGAUGUCAGUGUUAACAUUCACCACCAGAACCAGCUCCUUGGCACUAAUAGACGUAGUGAAGUCAACAUAGGCAUGGACCAAAUAUCUGACGCUCAUAAAGAGUUGUUAAUUCGCUUAAGAUCAGGCCCCAGGUCGUUCUUGCCUACGGAGAAGACGUCGUCGAUCCUGAUACUGGAUCGGAUAGAACAAAAACCUAAUGCUUUGCCACGGAAUACCGGGGCUGUUCUAAAUGAGGCUCCUGUGAAUGUUGAUUGGAAAGUUGAUGCCAACAUACCGAAUACUAGAAAGCCAUUUAUUUAUGUUGAGCCAAAACCGCUAGAGCGUACAAAAGUUGAUCAUGAGUCAAAAGAAAUGCGAGAGAUGCAGACAUUUUUUAAUGAAUUUAAAGAAGUGCAUAAAGAAAGAAAUGAAACUGGAAAUAGUGUUCCUCAACCGAAACAAAUUGUGUAUCAACCAAUAGUCGAGAUUGUAAAACAUGUAAGUGAUGACGUCAAUAUAGACGUUUUAGCAGAUGUUUUAGGUGUCAUCGGUAACCAAAUAAACGCAAUUGAAAACACUAAAGUCCCCGUUGAAAGGAUUGUGGAUAACGUCAACGUUCAACCGAUCGUUUUCGAUAUGGGCGCUGAUUCCGUCGACGUAGUCACAGGAGCAGAGUGCCGGAAAAAGCCGGUGUUGGAUCUAGGGGACCAGUAUUUCCUACUUCCGGUUCUAGGGGUUGGCUACAUCCCAUACGCAUGCCACGGGGACCAGGUGUAUGACCACUUUAUAUGCGGCUGCCGGAAAGCAACAAGCGGUAACAUUAGCAAGUCAUGGUUCUAUUUUUAG